UUGUAAUAAUCGUCGUUUUUCCUCUCCACUAUCCUGAGUUGAAUGAAUUUUGUGCAAUGAGAUCAAAGCCAGCUGAUUGAGCUAUUAACCAACAACAACAACAACUGAAACAGCAACAAAAUAAUAAUUUAAAAAAAAUAAUGCAACUACAACAACGACCGCGGUGAAUGCAAACAACCAUGUUAACGCUCUGCUGAAAAUGGAUACGUGUUGAAAUUUAAAUAACUUAUCGGCUGGGCUGGUACACUGGCCAGUCUCAGUUCGUGGAGAAUGCCGCGCAGUGCGAACAAUUUCAAAAUUACAGCGGUUUUUUAAAGUUCUUUUGGGGAAUCAAUGCCCUGAGACGCAUCAAGAAAAUAAGUUGAAAAAAAACGAGAAGAGACAUUCGUUUAAUUAAAACCUAAAAAAAGAGAGAAGUUCAAAUGUCUUUUAAAUAAAUCAUAAUAAACCGAAAAAAAGAAAAACCCCAAACAAAACGAACAAAAAAUAGCGAUAACAACAAUAACCACCAGAAGACGUCAUAGUGGAGGAGACUUCGUAGCAUUAAGAGCUAAGCUAACUGAGGAUAAGAUGGUGAGAGAGAGUGUGAAUGAGAAGUAAAAAAACCCCAAACCACAAGCACAAGUAAAUGACUCUCGACAAAUGCCGAGAUAUAUCAACAAACAACAACAGCAAUAAGAAUAAGAAAUAAACAUGAGUCAAGAAGAUACAACAACCAAAUACCAAAAUAACCACUACCAAUAUAACAACUACAACGCUGCCACCAACAACAAUACUAUGAAAUAUGAAAACAAACGAUCACUGACUACCACAACAACGCUGAAAACGAUGGCGACGACGACAGCGACAGCGACUACUCCUGUUGCUCUUUACGAGAAUUUCAUUCCCCUUGCUAACAGCAACAACAACAAAUACCCCACCGACUCUACGCUUGACUGUGAGCCCAACAAGAGCGCCCCAUUUAUUGAUGUACAACGAUUCGUACACCAAACAACGAACGCUUUUAACGGUCGCCCCAACGACGAUUAUUCUCUUAACCAAACGCCCGAAUAUUACGUCGACAAUAGAGAUAGACAAGAAAUUGUGCCCAAUUACGAAAAUUUUAGUUUUAAGCAUCACCUUGAGCUGGACAAGAAAGUGUUGUUGCAAAAGUACUUCCGCACCGCUUUAGUCGGUCCACGCACCAAUAUUUACGAAAAUUUGUGUCGCGGUUGCAAUUACGGGGUAUUCACGGCUCGCGGUCCAUUGUGCAGUUUUUGUGAGUGCAUUGUAAACGGUGUCCAUAGCAUAAGUGCCUCCCCCACCGAAAGUUCGAAUAAUAUUUACGAGAAUAUCUGUGAACAGUGUGCUCAAUUUUAUAGUGGCAACGAAGAGGAUUGCCUUUGCCGAAAAGAGUUGGAAGUAAUUUCGGAACAAUCCCACGAUAAAAAACAAGUGAAACCGAAAGAAACAAGUGAAAACCUAAAGAGUGUUCUGAAAACCGGAAGAAGCGAGGAAAACCUUUUGAGUGAAAAGAAAAAAGUGAAGAUAUCCAAGUCUUUGUCGUUUGGCAAAAACUCAAAACCUAAGAAACUGUCUAGUUUUUGGGAGACUUUAAGGAAGAAUAAAGUCCCCACGCGUAAGCCCUUGGAAAUUGUCCACAACGUGGGAGGAUACGACCAAGUCUUUCAUACCAAGGAGUCAUUUGAUUUACAGCGCAUAUGUGAAUUGAAGCGAAGUGCCACCAGCUGCAGUGAUCAGCAUAUUUAUGGACGUUUAAAGCCUAGGGAUUUAGAUUUGGUGAAGUCUCAAGAAGAUUUUCUCUCCACGCAAAGUUUGACGCAAAACGAACGAGGAGGACACGGAGGAGGCAAAAAGAGGCGUAUUUCAAAAGUAAAAUUUUUAAGAUCCAUUUCUUCGAACAUUCAAGAACCGCCAGAACUAUCGGAGAAACUUAGUAAGUCCAUAUCCUCCAGUCUAACAGCCGCCUCCGCCACAUCCACGUCGGAUAUUUUACAAGCGGUCUAUUUGAAUAACAGUGUUUGUCAUUGGAUGUCAGCAUUACGUCAUAAUUUGAACAGCAGCUCUCCCUCUGUCAAUACUUGUACCUUGAGAGUAAGCGAUGAGGAGUGCGAUUGUCUGUGUUAUCCCAAAAGCAUACCGGCAAAAAAACUACUACCGAUAAAUCCCAAUUCAUGUAAGGUGCUGGCGCCAGUGGUGACUAAUAAAGAAAAUAUUUUAAAACAAUCGACUAAGUUGGCCCAAUCAUUUCCACUCACUUCAUCAUUAUCAAACCACAACGAACAGGAAGAAGAUUCGUUAACGGACACAGAUACUGACGAAAUAGAAGCACAGAGACGACACACCGUUAUACAAAAGGAUUCCUUGGAAGAUACAAAGGAAGAUAAUCAGCACCAAAGUUAUUUAGCUACAGCAACCUUGGAAGAUCAUUAUCAGCAAAUGGUAAAUGAAUUUAAGAUUCAGUUGGUAAACAAGCAAGUGAAACAGCAACAACAACAACAUUAUCUACAACCACGUCUGGCAUAUAAUGAACAAAUUGUAAACAAACAUAUCAGCAUGGCCUCAGCAGGUGUUAAUGGUGGCAAUAGCCUUACCUGUACCAACAACAACAACAAAAAUGGCAACACUAUUUCCAAAUCGAAUAAUAUUGACAUACCUCUACGUCAAGCCGUCAACUCUAAUCAUAAUAAAGCCAAACGCCAAGGCAUGUACCUGCGCUUAACUGAGCACGACAAUUUGCCAACUGCCGCAAACCUUGACAGCCACCAAACUCAGGUGAUUUUACCCGAGAGAGAAGUGCCUCAAAAAGACCACUCAAACAAACAAAACGAGAGUAAGAGUGGCUGUGAGAGUCAGCCUGCCAAGCCAAGUUUAAAUAGCACAAACCUCGAAUCGAAUACCGUUAACGAAGCCAACUUAAACUCUAGCUUGAGGAAAGAGAGCCCCAAUGUGUAUGCGAAAGAACUGCUGACUGCAACUGAGACGCCAACAAAACGCAGUGGUGUACACGAAGGUGAUGUACUGCGGGCAUUUGAAGCUCUGCUUCGGCAAGAAAGAGAACGACAACAACAAAGCAAUGCCUUGAGCGAUCUUGGGGAAACGGAAGUUGAAAAAGAAUCUCAAACCAAUAGCGACUCGUUGGAGAUUACCACCACCUCCCAACACUGGAAUGACCAUACGAAAGCAGGGCUACUGCAACCAUUUGGUAAAAGUGGUGGUGAUAAGGAGGAACGCAACAUAUGGACAACGACGAUGCCCGUAUUUGAUCUGUUGCAGCUUAUCAAAUAUCUACAGCUCUCAUCUAGUCUAAAUAGGGUCGCCAUACACUAUAACAACAAUGAAAAGCAGUUGUUUGUUUUUCUACAGUAUAUCUCUCACAACGGUGAGAAAUAUAAACAUGCAACACAUGGUCAGUUGAUGAGAAAGUAUCAACGUUUUCUCGUUUAUCAACAUAAUAGUCAUCGUCAUCUGCACAACGAGUCGAGAGCAGCGACGUUGCCGUCCAUAACGGCAGCGCCGCUUGAACACUCAUUGCCCACGAAAGCGGCGAACAGUGUUGAUUUGAAGCUUGACUUGAUGAAAACAAACGGGAACAUAUACGGCCGCAUUAAAGUACGGCCCAGUGCCGAUGGCGGUGAUCGUGGUGGUGAAUUAGCCUACAAUAAAAAUAAUAAUAACGAAGAUAAUAAUGACUCAUGUGAAUGCCAAAGCGAAGCGGCAAGUGGUGCUAAAUUAAGUGAAAUCCCAACAGUGAAACAAAUAAUCAGUGAAUACAAUAAUAAUAAUACGAACAACAACAACCACAAAAAAAUGAAAAAACCUCCGGAGGUGCCUAAACGAAAUCCCAAUACCAAAUUAUCACCCUCAACGGAACUUUUACCCCCCAUUCCCUUGCAAAGAACCAAACUGUCCCCAUCCACCCCCAACAGCCAACCCAUUGCGAAUGAAACUAAAAGCCAAGAAGGUGUUCGCAAAAAAGACGAUCUCGAAAGUAUAUAUCAACCCAUUUGGAAAUUCAAGACGGUCGGAGAAGCCCAAGAACGUUUCAAAACCGACGAGGAUUACUAUACACUGAAAGAUCUGCAGGCUGAAGAAUACCCCGCAAUGCUUAAUGCAAAAUCAGGGGAGAUUUUGGCCGCUGCCUUGGUGCCGGAAAUUUUCAUACACGAAGAGGAAGAAGAUCACAGUGAAUGGGAACCAGAUGAAGAAUUUGUUUUUACCACCACCACAACAAAUUUGGACCAGCAACCACGAGACACGGUUGCUGCCCAUGUACGCAGGACGGAAUCGCUUAACAGCAGCAGCAUCCACGCCCACCAAGGACAUGAUCGCAAUGGCACCUUACGCUCGUAUCUUAGCAAUAAUAGCUCAUUGGGCUCCAGUUCCCUCAGUGGCAGUACCAUAACCGAUUUCGCCAGUAGCACUGCCACCUUGGCCUCGAUGGCCAGUUCUAGUCUCAGGCAUCACCUCUUUCGUAAUGUGGGCAUAUUCUACAGCCUCACAGAUAAGAAUCUAUGCGCAAUUGUCUACGAUUACGAUCGCAUUCAUGCAUGGAAAUAUUUUGCCAAAAAACCAAUAAACCACAGCAAUGAUGAUGCUGCCGCUGUCGUCGCAUCUUCCUUUGUCAUUAUCUCCCAUGAUGACACCAUCAAUGACAGCGGCCUUGGCAAAUCGCCCACACCUUCGGCAAUGCCGCAUCGUCCCAAACAAUCACCAGUUCCUGUUCGUCAUCAACCAGCGAAUGGGGGAAAUUCCCCCAAGUGCAGCAGUGAAAGUGUUACAACGCCGGCGAAAGUGCCACAGAAUGAUCAAAUCAGCAGCGCCCCCAUUGCAAAUCCAGCCUCACUCAUGGCCUCCAUUGAUUUGGUGGUGCUGGCAUGGAAGCAUCAGUUGCUAAAUGUAAAUUACAUGGAGGAUGAAGAAGAUAUGAUUGUUUCAAAAUCAGAAAUCAGCCAAGCAAAUAAGAUCAAGGAGAAUGAAGAACCCCAACAAUUUACUCAACGUUUUAAGAGCCGAUCGACAGAUAAUAUUUUGGAUUUACCUCUGGACGAUGAGAAAAAGACUAUAACCGAACGGAUGCGUAGUCGAUUGCAACGAGGAAUCUUAAAUCUCAAUACCAGAAGUUCCCCGAAAAGUGAAAAGAAAACCUAUAAGGCCCUACGCAAUUCCCAAACGACAAGUCUCUAUUUGGAAGAUGGCCUCAAACCGAAGCAUCCCAUUUUCGGUGCCCCACUCGAUCAGCUGGAACUGAACCGUACCACAAAUGUACCACGAUUUGUGGCCGACUCCAUCGAAUACAUCGAACGCAAGGAUCGCAUUGUCCAGGAUGGUCUUUACCGAGCGUGCGGCAAUAAAUUCUCCAUAGAUGAACUAAAACAAAAACUAACCAAAUCCUAUAUCUACGAUCCGAAACUAAUAACCGCCGAUGAUAUUCACACAAUAACCAGUCUGCUGAAACUAUUCUUCCGUGAACUACCCCAACCGCUGAUACCGCAAGAGACGUACACUCGUCUGGCCAGAGAUUUGCUGAAAAUGCAAGACGGCAUCGAUACUUUUCGAAUAGCGAUAAAUGAUAUGCCAGAACCGAAUAGAUCCACGCUGGCAUUUCUAAUGAAACAUUUAACGAAUGUCGCAGCCUGUAGUGCCUCCAAUCGCAUGAACGCUUCCAAUUUAGCUAUUGUUUGGGGUCCCUCAUUAUUCGCCUUGAACGAGGACAAAACCUACGAUAUAGGACGCAUGAAUUCCCUAGCCAAAGCGUUAAUCGAAAAUUAUAAUCGAAUUUUUCACAUAAAUGAACGUUUGCUAUAGGCUAUAACCAGUUGUUCAUAAUUUAUAGAUAUGUGUACUUUUUUUGACAUAACAUUGACUAUUUGUGUAAAUUAUUUAUUAUUAUUGCGCCUUCCCUUCCGAAAUUGUCCUCCUGAAAACAAAGCUUUACUCAUUAGAUUUUAGUGUUAGACCAGCAACUCAAAGCCUGCAAAAUCAUGGUGCUUAAGGACAUCAUGGUGGAAUAUUGAAAUGAAACAUCACAAUGCCCAUUAUACUCUUACAUGCCCACACAAAAAUAAAAUCGUACUUUUAACAACUAUCACAACAUACCAAAUAUUUUUUUGUUUGUUUCAAAAAAAGACAUUCAUGUUUUACAUAAUUAAUAACUUUUUAUAUUAAGUGCGUAUAUACUUUACAAAAAUAAUAGGAAUAGUGUGAAUUUUCCAAACGACUUUAGUUAAAUGCAAAGUAAAGAAGUUUUUCUUAAUCUACCGCCUGAAGUUAGGGAAAACUGUAGUUUGUAGUCAAUUAUUGUUAUCAUUGAUUUUUAAAUAAAAAUUCAAAAGUAA